ACUGGGGGUUGACCGUUUCAUAAGAUGGGCGGCUCACAAAGUAGUGCCAUUCCUGGAGGUGGCACGGAGGGAUAUCACGUUUUACGGGUAAGAAGCUUGCACGUAUUAAACAUGCCGGUACUGUCAGCAUAGUUCACCAUCGCAUUCCUUGCACCCGAAGACAGUAAAUAUAACAGCAUGGUUCAAGAGAAUUCUCCCGGACAUAAGGCUGGGCUGGAGGCCUUUUUCGAUUUUAUAGUUGCCAUUGGGAAUACACGUUUGAAUCAAGACAAUGAUGUUCUCAAGGAUGUCCUAAAGGCCAACAUAGAAAAACCUAUUGUCAUGACAGUAUACAGCAGCAAAACCCAGAUGGUGCGGGAUGUUGAGAUUGUGCCUUCGUCCAUGUGGGGAGGCCAUGGCCUUUUAGGAGUCAGCAUUCGCUUUUGUUCUUUUGAAGGAGCCAACGAAAAUGUCUGGCACGUGCUGGAUGUGAGCCCUCACUCCCCUGCUGAAGCAGCAGGUCUCAGGCCUUAUGCUGACUAUAUCAUUGGCUCAGACUCUGUGCUGCAUGAGUCUGAAGACUUGUUCACACUGAUCUAUGCCCAUGAAGGCCGGCCGCUGAAGCUGUACGUGUACAACACUGACACUGAUGGCUGUCGAGAAGUUACCAUCACACCUAACAUGUCUUGGGGUGGUGAUGGAAGUCUUGGCUGUGGUAUUGGUUAUGGCUACCUCCAUCGGAUCCCAACAAAGCCUGUGGCCAAAGCCCCAUCAUGGCCCUCUGGCAGUGCUCCUGCGGGGGAUGGUUUCUUAAGUGUCCAGCUGAGUGCACCAAGCAUUGUAGGUGACCCUGCAGCAGCACUAGCACAGAAAGUUAAUGCUGUUUCCCUGAACGAUGUGUCCGUGCAACCAACGGCCGACUCCUCGUUGCCUUCACGGGAAAGUGCACCUGUACCAGUCACAGCAAGUGAAAGCACAGAAAGCAGACCACCUAGCAGUGCUCCCCUUGGUUCAGAACAGGAUCGGACAGCAGGUCCAGUCAAUGCUGUCCCCCUGACCACACCAAUCAGCCUGCCAGGAAUGCCACCCAUUACAGUGAGCGCCUCAUUGCCACCCGAUGCUCUAGCAAGCCUUGGCUCAUCAAGUGACACUCCGGGAGUUCGUGAAGAAGCUUCUGCAAAGUCCCCAAUGGCAGCACCGCAGCAUCUCUGAAGCAUUUGCUUGGCAUUGAAGACACGUUCCCGCACUACAGUACCUACCCUCUAGGAAUGUGCAGUGUGAUGGAAAAAGUCUAUUCGCUGAGGGAGGAAAACAAAUGGGAAUGUCUUGACCAAACUGUGGACACCCUUCCGGCAAUGAAUGGACACUGUUGCUUUGGCUGGUCUGUCGCAUUAUUCCGGGAAAAGCAGUUAGUCAUCCUGUUGAGUCGCUGAAUCUCUUCCCUUUUGUGGCGGCCAUAGGUGCAAAAGUGUUUCUGGGAGAUGGUGUAGCAGUUUUGCAGCACAAGAAAGGAAAAAAUAAAGAAAUAGGAAUAUUGUGCAUUUUUUGAAAAGAUGGCCAUCAUUGCUGCGAACUACUCCCCCUUGGAGUAGCGUACACCUUCUUACCAGGUGGCGAUUAUGCUGCCCAAAGUAUUUUAGUAUGGCUGCAUAGGAAUUUCAAACAAUGUUAUGAAGAGGCUUGCACUUCCAAACUUUUUCUUUUUUUUUUUUUUUUUACCAUACAGUUUUUUCUGGGAGGAUAUGGCAGUCUGAGCUCCCAAUUUGAAUACUUUCUUUCACUCUGCACUGAACACUGUUUCUUUUGAUUGCUGGAAAUAUGUACCAAGUUGUGGAAAAUUACACAUUAAACUUGCACAUAAAUAUGGGCUUUUUGCACCAAUGUUGCCCUAUAUUUAGGAACUUCAGUGGCUGAAAUGCAAAAUUUGUACAAUUCACUCCCAUAUUUCUCAUUGGUCCUAUUUUCAGUUUGUUUACACACGUUUAGUUGCAAUGAUACAGCUAGCUGUCUGGCAAGUAAGUUUCAUUUAGAGAGAUGUCUGGGUGACGUGUAUGUAUUUCAUGCACUGCUCAGUUUGAAAUGCUAUAGGUGACCAUCUAAGGGCACUGACACGGAAUCUUGUACUUAUGACUGACUUUGCAGUAAUCCUGGUUGGCCUCGGGCCACACACCGUGCUGUUUAAAGUUUAGUGCAUCGAGCCAUCUGCUGCACAGCAUGAUCAGUCCUUUUGUUCUGUCUCAUUGUUUCUUUAAAUCUGACAUAGAAUAAGAGUAACCAGGAAUUGGGAAAGGUCGAGGAUACAUUCCCAUGGAAGUGAGUGGGCAAUCCCCUUGUACCUCGGCUUAUGCCAUGCAGAUUACACAAAGAAGUAUCUAGUGGGGAAGGAGGGAAGGACCUAUUCAGUGGCACAGAAGAUGGCCUAACAGCAUCACUGCUACACUGGGCUGAAGAAUGAUUGGGGCUUCACACAUUCAGCAGCUAUUUAAGGAAGCAGAAAAGCCUGGCAUUGUUCAUGGAUACAGUUGGGGUCUGUCUGAAAUGUUCGGUAUGAGACUAUAGAAAAUGUCAAAAGCCGUAAGGGAUGAGUCAGUUGGGGACAAAUGUUUGUAAUGUAAUAUAUUUAUUAAAACAAUGCAAAAAUAGUUAAAUAUCAACAUUGCAUUCAUGAUGUAGCAAAGUGUUGCACUGCAUAAGUAAAGCAGUGCCAGCUUUUAUGAACAUCCACCAAGCAUAAUGCAAUAGGAAAACAGACUGGCAUAAGUCUGAAGCAGGAGAGCUUUACAGGUGCAUUGCAAAACAGCAAUGGCAGUUAAUGAAUCUUCCAACUAGGAGUAGUUCUCCACAAAAGCAAAAAUCUUUUUUUAUAACCAUGGUACAUCAAAUGUUUUAAAUUAUAAGUGGUGAAGGCAAUGUACAUUGUCACCAUUCCAAAAAAAAAAAUCUGUGCUGUUUCUAUUUUCUAAUAAUAAUGUGCUUGAUGUGCAACUGGAAAUAAAUGCUUUCAAACAUGAA